UUAACAUAUUAAAGUUUUUUAAGAAUAAUAAUAAGGAAUCGAACCUUGAUUCUAUAUCAUCUUUUUCUGUAUUGUAGGAAUUGAAAUAACAAUCUUCUUAAGAAUAAUAAUAAGUACUGAAUAGUGAAUAUAAAAUGAAAAAUGAAGGAAUCUUUUUUAAAAUAUACAAAAUAUUUACUAAGAGUAAUUUUAAAAAUGGAAAAGGUUUCAAUGAAAAAUAUAAAAAAAUGGAAAUUUGGAGCGAAAUUUGGUGAUUUAUAAUGUUAGCCCAAUCUAAAGUUUAGGCAAUUUUGGUACAUAAUUUUUAAUUUUGUUAAAGGAAUCGAUUUUUAACUUCGUAGGAGGUCAAAAAAAUCCAAUUGAAUUGCAUUAUUUUCCAUGUUUUGAGCCAUUCUCAUAACGAAACCUCCAUAAUUCUCAAGUUUGAACUACAAGUCGUCUGGACUGAACCUACUGAGAACUACACGUCGACUUGUAGCUCUCUUCUUCACUAACUAAAAUUUCUACUGCUCUGUCUUCUAAGCUUCCGAUUCAGUAAACUCCGAUAGCUAAAGUAAUUGCUAUUUGGUAUGUUAUCUUCUUCAACUCCAUCUCUCUUCUUCUUCAAUCUCUCAAUUUUUAUUUGCUUCUGCUUCUUUUUCGUCUGAAGAAUCAAUCGACGCACCUCAAAAAUUAAUAUGAUUUUUUUUUGUAGUAUUUAUUUGUCUAUUAGGUUCUAAUUCUAUAGCAGUUUCUCCCAGUUUUCUUCUAACACAACGCAUGAUUUCCCUUUCGAGGGUUCCUAUUUCUUUCUGUUGUUAUGGAAACUCUUUAGUUUAGUCUGAAAGCAGCUACAAAAACCCUAGAUCGUUUGUUUGUUUGUUUUAAUUAGUUUUAUUUGAAGGGUGUUGCUGUUGUUUCUGAUAAAGAUGGUGUUCUUGUGUUGGUCUCGCCCGUCUCCUCAAGAGCAGAAGGCCUGCAUUGAAAGUGGAGUGUAACAUGAUGGUGAUCAAUAGGGCUGGUUCCUUCAACUAUAACAGCAAGUUUAGAGGAGCUACUGCUAAUCCCAGUUCUUGCCUGCAAGAAGAUAAGGGGGGGAUCUCACAAGAAGGUUUUCUUCUCAACCAUGCUCGUAUUUUGGUGGGUUCUGGUGUUGGGACUUAUGAAAAAGGGAAGAAAGCUCUUCAGAACUGGAGGCAUUUUGGAUUGAAUUGGGCAUUUGUUGAUUCCUCAACUCCAGUUCAUCCAGGAGUGAAGUUUUGUGUCUGUGCCAAGGAGUUCCUUCCAUGGGUGGUGUUGCCUCUUCAAAUUGUAUAUGUAAAUGAGAAUAGAGAUACCAAUAAGGGUAGGACAUGCUUCAGUUUUGGCAGCGGUACCCUUCAAGGCCAUCUUCUGGCUGGUGAAGAACGGUUUUCAAUCGAGAUGGACUCAAACAGUCAAGUAUGGUAUGAAAUUCUAUCAUUCUCAAAGCCUGCCCACAUAUUAUCAUUCCUAAGUUAUCCCUACAUAAUUCUUCGCCAAAAGUAUUUUGCUCAUCAAUCUACAAACGCAGUUAAGAAAUAUUUGACUCCCACUCAUUCCUAACUUCUGCUAUGUAUUGUAAUCUAUACUUAGAUUGUUUCUUCCUGUAAGUGUAAGCAUUCAAUCCUUAGAUAAUGAUAACAUCGGUAUACCUCUCAACUAUCACUAUACUCUAAUGAACUCUGUCAUGAUCAUUCAUGUUUCAAGUUAGAAAAGAAAAAUUGUAAAUUUCGAGAA